AUGGCCACCGUCGUCGUGAAAGAUGAUCCCAAUCUCUCCUUGACCAAGGCCAUGCAUGGCAAGUCGGCCGACGAGAAAAAUGCCUUUCUUGCCAUGCUGCGGAAGAAUAACGCCGCCCACCGCGAGAUCACCAAUGAGUACGUGCGUCGCUGGAAGGUCGAGAAGGGCGUGGAUGCUACUUCGGACGAAGUGCGUCAGGAGCGUCUAUCUGAGUACAUGGGUGUGGUUAACAACUACUAUGAUCUCGUCACGGACUUCUAUGAGGAGGCAUGGGGCCAAUCCUUUCACUUCUGCCGCUUCAGUAUCGGUGAGCCGUUCCUGCAGGCUCUCGCGCGGCAUGAGCAUUACCUGGCCUAUAAGCUGGGAAUCAAGGAGGGGAUGGAAGUGCUGGAUGUCGGUUGCGGCGUAGGCGGGCCUGCGAGAGAGAUUGCAAGGUUCACCGAGUGCCGGGUCGUUGGGAUCAAUAAUAAUGGGUAUCAAAUUGCCCGGGCGACACGGCAUGCUGAACAGGCUGGUCUCGAGAAACAGGUUUCGUUUUUCAAGAGUGAUUUUAUGAACCUGGAUUUCCCAGCCAAUACCUUCGACGCAGUCUACGCCAUCGAAGCAACCGUCCACGCACCCAGCCUCCAAGCCGUCUACGAGCAGAUCUACCGCGUCCUCAAACCGGGCGGCCGCUUCGGCGUCUACGAAUGGGUCAUGACAGACCGCUUCGACGAGUCGAACCCCGAACACCGCGCGAUCCGUCUCGGCAUCGAACGCGGCAAUGGCAUCGUCAACAUGUGCUCUCGCGCAGCUGCCGUCGACGCCAUUCAGGCCGCCGGGUUUAUCCUGGAAUGCGAAGACGAUCUGGCCGAACGCACUGGUCCGGUUCCCUGGUACUACCCUAUCGCGGGCGAGUUGAAACAUGCACGGUCUAUCUGGGAUAUACUCACUGUGCUGCGCAUGACGAAAUUCGGGCGUGCGUCCAUGGGGAAUCUGCUAUGGAUGUUGGAGGUGUUGCGGUUGGCGCCUGCUGGGACGGCGGAGACGGCGGGCGAGCUUGCGGAUGGGGCGGACCAUCUUGUCAGAGGUGGUAGACUGGGGUUGUUUACACCGAUGCAUCUUAUGAUUGGGAGGAAGCCAGAGUUAUGA